CUUCAGUGUGACAAUGUUUGGUUCUACGACGGGUGGUGCAGCUACUGGGUCUCUAUUCGGUAUCAAACCAACAGGCACUGGCACUCUAUUUGGAACUGGGACAGCUGCCUCCUCUUCCUCGUCGACAGGGGGGCUGUUCGGAGGGGGACUACAGAACACGGCUGCAACAGGACAGAAGAGUCUAUUUGGCACCUCCACUGCAGGUGCUGCCACUAGCAGUUUAUUUGGUACUCCAGCCUCUUCUGCGGGAGGAGGUCUGUUUGGAAGUGGUGCAACUGGAGGCGGUCUCUUCGGAAGCUCCACUUCGGGCACGGGAGGACUGUUCGGAGGAAGUGGUGGUGGUGGAUUGUUCGGCAACAAGAGUGCCACAACUGGGUUUGGUGGUCUGGGUCAGACUAGUACAUCCGGAGGUCUCUUCGGCUCAUCUUCCUCAACUACUCUGGGAGGCUUUCAACAGACCAAACCAGUCGGCGGAGAUCAGAAUAUGAACCAGCUAGUGUUGCACGCAGCAGUGUCCAACCCACAGCUGUUCGCUGAUGAGCGCAAUGCAGUGAUUGCGGGAUGGAACCAAUUGCAGGCCAGUUGGGGAUCCGGAAAGGCCUACUACGCACCGAACGCUCAGCCAGUGGAGAUGACGGCUGAAAACCCCUUUUGCAGAUUUAAAACUGUGUCCUACUGUAAUUUACCAUCCAGGAAAGACGAGGACGGCGAGAUCUGCAUGGUGUUGAACAAGGCUGCCUCGGAUCUGAUCAGUCACCAGCAGCAGCUAAUAGACACAAUGUUUUCCAAGGUGUUCCAGAACAACCAGUCUGUAUCCAUCACCAUCACCAGCACAAAACCCAUCACAGACACACAGAGCGAAGUAGUGUUCUACGUACAGGAACGACUCGCCACAGGCUACUCUCGACGCAUUCCAGCUAGCAAGUUACACCAGUUUCUGCUGCAACCCACACAGAGCAGAGAGAUGACGUCAUCGAUUGGUGUGCAGUCAUUCAGACCGAACAAGACCAUCAGUCAGCAAGACCUGGAUCUGUACCUGGCCAAUGCGCCUGCUGGUCUGGACAAGUUUCUCUGGCAACAAGCCAUUGCCAACAAUCCGGACCCUGAAAGACUUCUGCCAGUUCCAAUUUUAGGAUUCAAACAACUCCAUCAGAGGUUGAGCCAACAGGUGCAAAUGAACACUCAGCAGAAAGCACGUGUAGCCUCAAUGCACUCAGAACUGAAGGACUUGAAAAAACGACAAGCUCUGAGUCAGGCUAAACUGGAGGAACACAAACAGAAAUCGAUGCUAUUGGGACACAAACUGUUGGUGUGUAUUGGACUGAUUGAGAGAGCGAGGAAGUUAGGAUACCCUCUGCAAGACGAUGAGAGUCAUUUGUACAGACAGCUGGAGAUUAUUUAUGACCAGCUGGCCCAGCCGACUAAACUGAAAAGCCAGCUGUCAGAAUUGGUAUCACAGGCUAGAUUAGGUGGUGGUGCUAUUUUGCGAUCAUCAUCAAUGGCCAACGACCAGAGCUACCAGAUCUCAGCCGAGCAUAAAAAAGAACUGGCCCAAUUUUUGAAGCAACAGCAGGAGGGAAUUGCGAAUCUAGUCCAGAUGGUGAAAAAUACAACUGAAGAACUGAAAGUAAUUCAAAACAAUUUGAACCCUGUCUCUUAAAAAUGUUUGUUUCUAAUUUAUGCUUCAUUUUUGAUUGUGUAUGACUGAUUUUUGAUUUUGACUUUUUUGCGAUUUUGGCUAUGUAGAAAUUAAGCAUUUAAAAUUA